UCUCUUCCAAUGGGCUGAUUACAACACAGAGGAUGUGGACAGCGGAGUUUUUCCUGUUUGAUGUCACACUGCAACCCUUUAAAAGUCAGAGGGGGGAAAGGAGGGAAUGCAGCCUUGGAGCCUCACGGUUUCAGAAACCAACAAGGAAGAGGAGAAACUUGCCAGCGAGGCCAGACCGCGCAGUCAGGGAAGCGGGGUCAGGUUGCAAACUCCGCACCAGCCAGUCAGAGAGCAGCGAUGCUGGGGGCCGGCCUCGGGCUCUUGGUUGGCGCCCUGUGCUGUGCGGUCCGAGGGUACCCCAACACUUCCCCGCUGCUGGGCACCAGCUGGGGCGGCCUGAUCCACCUGUACACGGCCUCGGCCAGGAGCAGCUACCACCUGCAGAUCCAUACGGACGGCCACGUGGACGGCUCACCGCAGCAGACCAUCUACAGUGCCCUGAUGAUCAGAUCAGAGGACGCGGGCUUUGUGGUGAUAACAGGUGUGAUGAGCAGGCGCUACCUCUGCAUGGACUUCAGAGGCAACAUUUUUGGCUCACACCACUUCAGCCCCGAGAGCUGCAGGUUCCGGCAGCGGACGCUGGAGAACGGCUACGACGUGUACCACUCGCCGCAGCACCGCUUCCUGGUCAGCCUGGGCCGGGCCAAGAGGCCCUUCCUGCCGGGCACCAACCCGCCGCCGUUCUCGCAGUUCCCUGUCGCGCUGGAACGUGAUCCCGCUGCUGCAGCUCGGCACGGCGCGUCUAGCACCCAGAACAGAGCAAAGGCUUAG